AUGGUACCUAGCCAUCAAUUGCAGCAAAGUAAUUAUAGACAAAUCGGUCACCAGUUGACGGUCUUCAACAGCCAAUCGGUCAUUGAAGUCGGCGGUCGAUGGAACCGCAACAAGGGCAGAGUGGAGCGGCCAUAUUUGGGAGUAAUUGCCGGUUUGGUUGUAAAUGGUGCACGAAUACUAGAACUCGCUGCCUCAAACGAUGGAAGGGUCACUACCAGAGGGGAUGUUCAAUUGAUGCCCGCCGGAAGUCUUCUGGAUCGAGCGGCUCCUUUACAAAGAAUGCAACAGACGCCAGCGUCCGGCUUUCCCGGCGUCAUGGACGACCUCAUAUUUUCUGGCGCCGGAAGUGGCUGCACCGCCGACGACGAGGACGAAGAAUGCACGCCUAUCUAUGAACCCGGUUCCGACGACAUAAUAACGCCGGUUUACGUCGCCCCGACGAGGUCGCCGACGACGUUCAGACCGAAGCACCGGAACAACAACAUCCAAGAACGUCCGUCCUGCGACGACGAGGAGGACUGCGAGGAAGGCUCCGGCGAACCGAUCACCACCGAGGAAAUUCUCGUCACGUCAGUCACCGAUUCCAGCUCGGUGACGUACACGACCGCCCGCGAGUACACGACCAGCCACAUCAGCACGCAAACGUCUCCGGACUCGGCGUCGUCGACAUCGACCCAGGACAUCGUCACCGUCUCCGUCCAGUACAAUGUGUCAACCACAGACCUCGAGAGCAGCCACGCCAGUAGCGUCGUGACGCCAAGAUCGACGACCGUGACGACCCAGACUACCACCACAGAGAUGACGGACCCGCCUCCACCGCCGCCGCCGCCGAUCUAUCCGCCGAUGCCAACGCCGCCAAAGAACAACAACAACAAAAGGAUAACGAGCGAGGCGGCGGAGAACGCCGCGCUGAUAAUCGGCAUCAUAGCCGCCGCGUUGAUCGCGAUCGUUCUGAUCAUACUGAUCAUACUGAAGUUCAAGAACCGUCCGGAGACCAGCUACAAGGUCGACGAAACGAAGACCUUCUGCCAGGAUCCGAACGCGGCGUUGCUGGGCGCGGCCGGUUCUGGCCAGGCGUUCAACGGGGCCCUGAAGAACGGCGCGAACAACAGCAAAACCAACAAGAAACGUGAAUUGAUAGACAUCAAGGAGUGGUAUGUGUAG